AUGUUGAAGCAAUCUAUAUUGCUACCAACUGUGGAAAAGAGAGUAAAUGCUAUCAAUGAAAUUCGUUCAACAUUCCGAAAAUUUAAAAACGAAACAAACCAAGAAAUUAUUCAACAACAACUCAAGAAGGCUCAUGAUAAAUUUGGUUAUCUGUGCAUGAUAACACCAAAGAGAUUACAUACUGAAACCUCUCAAAUUGAUGGUAAAACGCAAUUAGUAAAAAUUGAUGGUGAAUGGAAGGAUGUCAAUGCUAUUGGUGAAGAUGAUAAUUUAACAAAGGAAGAAAAAGCAACAUGGAGCAAUUGGGGAAGAGGAAAUUUAGAUCCAGACCAAGUUAGAAAACAUGAACAAUUGUUGAAAAGACAACACUUUAUGGAUGGUCCAAUGAAAGGCUAUAAACCAAUCUAUGAAAGAAAUUGGAUGAACGAUUAA